CAUUUUCUUCCUCCCUUUUCAAUUCGUACGUUUUUUCAAGUUUCACGAGCUUUAAUUGGAAAAUGGAAGUAAAUAGACCACUAAUUUAUGGAGCGCUUACGGGCUCCAAUGGAUCCCGACCUUAUUAUGAGCCACAUGCAAUUUUCAUUAAAUUCGUGAAAUAUGAUGGAUGCAGCGCCACCUACGAUCUUCCAUACUCCGAAAGAUGCCAGCACAUUACCAAAGACGGAUAUUGCCAAGAUAGUAUGCAAUAUAUUAACUAUAUAAAAAUAUUGUACUGUUUUAUCGAGAAGGCGGAGUCCCCGGCUGUAGAUUGGAUUUACAUUGGGGUUUUAUUCUUUCUCGUUUUCUAUCUGUUGCAAGUUAUGGGUCUUCUCAUCGGCAGUUUCUUCAUUUCGGCAAUAAAUUACUUCGCAAAGAGACUUCGCUUGAGCCAGAGCCUUGCUGGAGCGACGAUCCUCGCAGUUGCGAAUAGCCUCGCUGGGAUAUACACAUCCCUCCUCCACAUAAAGGGCAGCACUACGGACCUUUUUAAUGGGUCUCACGCAUCAGCCAUUUUCACGCACUCACUCGUAGCUGGUGCAGUGCUGGUGAUUCGGCCAUUCCAUAUUUAUCGUCCUAUAUAUAUCCGGGAUGCACUUUUUCUGCUGACAUUACUGGCUUACAUUGAAUACAUUCUAAAGGACGACAGGAUCGAAAUGCUUGAAUGUAUACCCUUGUUUUUGUUUUAUAUCGUAUUUUUGAUAACCGUAACCAUCGACACUAUCAUUAUAAAGCGACUAUCGAAGGAUGUUAGAAGGAAAUUGAAAAUGCUGCAAGCUGGGGAAACAAAUGAAAAAUUAGAGAAAGAAUUAGAAGAACUACAAGAAGAAGGCGUCAUGGAAAUACUAAUGAAGGAUACAGUCUCAGUACUCGAUAUUGAAACAACAAGAUCUGGAUUCGUAGCUGAGCAUGCUAAUUCCAGACUAUUUCAACAAUUUCUUUCAUCAAUCAAUCCCGUCCCUAGAGAUGAUUGGCGAGAGGCAUCAUGUUUUCAACGAUUUUUGUUAGUAAUACGGGCGCCCUUCUUCCUUUUUUUCCUUUUAAUAUGUCCGCGGGUCGAUUACAAUUUACCCAACCAUGGAUGGUCAAAACUAUUGAAUAUGCUCCAUGUCAUCACUGGACCCUUCUUCUUCAUAUCUAUCCACAAACAAAUUGCUGAUUGGAGCCUCUUUGGUGUUUCCAUCUACUUCUAUCUGGUAGCAAUCUCAGUUCCGAUUAUGAUCAUCGUUUACUUCACCUCCAGAACAGACUCUCCACCAGUCUAUCAUUUGAUCUACGCGGUUCAUGCCAUUUGGAUAUGCAUGGUUCUGAUUAGAAUGAUGGCAUCAGAAACAUCAUCUCUCACGUACACGAUCGGCAUGGCUUCACAAAUGAGCCCUACUUUCAUUAUGGUCACAUUGACUACAUGGGAGGGCGGUAUUGGAUCACUUAUCGCCAAUGUAGCGCUGGCCUAUCGAGGUUACCAGCGAAUGAGUUUCGCGGCAUGCUUUGGAUCGCCGUUGUUCAGUAUGCCUGUAACCUUUGGUGCUCGUUACCUAUACAGAGUACUGACCAGUGAGUCCGGGGUUGCAAAGGUUGGUCAAGGACCCCUCGGCAGCACGAUUCAUGUCAUUCUCUUCACUAUUAUAUUCUUCCCACUAAUGGGAAACUUAGUUGCCCGGGAUAAAGGGCGGAAAAGUCUGGGCGUCUAUAGACUACUUUUCUACCCAAUCUUCCUACUGUUUGCACUAUUAGCCGAAUUUGAGAUUAUCCAUGGACAUGGGACGGACCAUACCGACCAACGCGUUAAGUUGAAUUAAAUAUGGAAGUUGGUAGGAUUAUGCUUUUAAAUUUGAACCAAUUUUGUUAAAUCUUUUUAUUCGAAUAAUAAAUGUUUGCGAAAAAGUA